UUUCUUUCCCUCGUUUUCUCCCUGAAAUUGCACACAAAUCUUUCUCUCUCUCUCUCUCUCUCUCAAUAUAUAUAUAUAUAUAUAUAUCUAUAUAUAUCGUCACUAGAUCCGACCAUGGCUACCGUUGCCCCACCGUCCGAUCGUAUCCUUACUACUUACUCUCAGCUGGAAACUACAGAUUUACUGCAGAAUUUGUCAUUAGACUCUCAAACUGACGCCCUUGAAGUUACUAAUCCUGCAAAGAUGUAUGGGCUGGUGGAUUCGAGUAACCACACUAAGGGAAUGACCAAGCCAUUGAACCCAAAUGCAAGCAACUUUCCUAAUGGGUAUCAGUCAUCUGCUUACUAUUAUGUAGGUUAUGAUAGGCAAGGUAAUGAGUGGAAUGACUACUCUAAAUAUGUGAAUCCUGAUGGUGGAAUAGCUCAUAGUCUUUAUGGUGAUAAUGGCUCUUUCAUGUAUCACCAAGGUUAUGAUUACUCACCAUAUGGACCAUAUCCCUCUCCCGGUUCACCCACUCCAACCAUGGGGCAAGAUGGUCAGUUAUGUGGGGCUCAACAUUACCAGUACCCUAUUCCUUAUCAUGAAGUCUCUACCUGGACUACUCAACCUUAUGCAGCCAACCAAGUUAGAGUGCCUCAGGGAGAAAUUUUAACUUCAGCUGCAACUGAUCAAUUACCCCCAUUGGUUGCAAGUGGAGGAAACCCCCCCAACAAGAUAGCAAUCGGUGGACAUGUAAAUGAAAAGAAUAGCUUGAAGCCUUGUGUCCAGAACUCAUCUUUGAAUGAAUAUGGUUCUUAUGGAAGGGGAGGCUCUCCGGUGGGCAUUCCUUCAUUCCCUAAUCCGGAUCCAAGAUUUGGCUUUGAUGAAAUUAGGCUGCCAAUCCCUUCCUUCAAUGCCUUGCUGAUUCCAGAUGGUCAGUCGAUGUGUGGGGCAAGUGCUUGUUCCUCUUCACCAUUCAUGCAUGCGAACAACCUCUCAUCGCGAAGGAAUCAAAACCUUUCUCGUCUUCCCCAUUUCAUGAAUUGGCACAAUGCAAGACCAACAUCUGGCUUGGGCAUGGCUCCUGGAAUCACGAACCAUCUGUACCCAAGCAAUGCAGUGUAUGGUCGAUAUGGAAACACAUUCAGAGCUGGUUCUGGUUUUGGCUCUUUUGGCUUUGAUUCAAAGACGAGUGGGCGUGGGCUAGCUAUUGAUAAUAAGUAUAAAAAAUGGGGUUGUGGACCUAUAGCAUAUGGCAAUGAGAAUUUGGAUAGAUCAAAUGAGCUGAGUAAGGGACCUAGAGCCAAGGGUUUUGAUUUUAGGAACCAGAAGGGGUGUGGACAUAUCACCUUAGCAAUUAAAGGAAAGAACCUCCCGUUGAUUGAGAAUGAUAAAGAGGCUAACUUUCCUAUAAUUCCAAAUAAGGAAGAGUACAACAGAGAAGAUUCUCCUGAGGACUGCUUGGAUGCAAAAUUCUUUGUUCUUAAAUCUUAUAGUGAGGAUGAUGUCCAUAAUAGUAUUAAAUAUAGUGUGUGGGCUAGCACCUCUAAUGGCAAUAAGAAGCUGGAUGCAGUGUAUCAGGAAGCUAAGGAGAAGCCCGGUGGCUGUCCUGUAUUUCUGUUAUUCUCUGUCAAUGGUAGUGGGCAAUUUGUGGGUUUAGCAGAGAUGAUUGGCCCUGUCAAUUUUGAGAAAACCUUGGAAUGUUGGCAGCAGGACAAGUGGAAUGGUAGCUUCUCUGUGAAGUGGCAUAUCAUAAAGGAUCUUCCUAAUAGUUUGUUAAGGCACAUAACACUAGAAAACAAUGAGAAUAAGCCUGUCACUAAUAGCAGGGAUACACAAGAGGUUAAGUUUGAUCAGGGUAUUCAAAUUCUUAAAAUCUUCAAGGGUCAUUCUAGCAAGACAUGCAUUCUGGAUGAUUUUGGAUUUUAUGAGGGUCGCCAGAGGACAAUGUUGGAAAAAAAAUCUAAGCAACAGGAGCCUCAAAUGCAGGUUGGGAAGCCGAGUGAUGCUGCAACAGAUAUAGUGAAAGAGAAAUUGCCAAAAGCUUCUUCUGAUAGAAGUUUGAUAAAGGAAGCGGUGGUUGCAGAAGCCGCAUCACUAGAGAAGGCAGAUGGAGAUGAAGCCCUUUCAGAAGGAGAAGGAAAGGGAUCGGGUGCUGCUCUUGCAGAUGGCCCGGGAGGUGCCAAACCAUUUGUAGCGUCAGAAAGAAGAGGCGUUUCAAAUGGAGUUGCUAGUUCUUGAUAAACCUUUACCCCCAUAUCAGUAAUCGUGCACCAAACGCUGGCUUAUUUAUUACUCGGGUCAGGGUUGCUAUGUUGGAAAUGUGAAAAAUAAAAUAAAAAUUGGUUGAAGGGAUUAGAGCCAUCGCAGCUUUCUUUCUUU